UCUUAUUGCAGGGGCUGAGCUGCGCCGUUUACCUUAUUAUGAGCAUGGGGGCUGCGGGCUAUACAUGGCAGUGCUGUCUGCUUCUCACCCUCUGCUUCCCUGGCAGCAUCGCAGGAGCCACCGGGCUCCCAGACAGCGAUGAGUGUGCGGAAGGAACAGAUGACUGUCACAUAGAUGCAAUCUGCCAAAACACCCCGAAAUCUUACAAAUGUAUCUGUAAGCCAGGUUACAAGGGCGAAGGCAAGCAGUGUGAAGAUAUUGAUGAAUGUGACAAUGACUACAAUGGAGGAUGUGUGCAUGAAUGUAUCAAUAUUCCUGGAAACUAUAGAUGUACAUGCUACGAUGGAUUUAUGUUAGCCCAUGAUGGACACAAUUGUCUGGAUGUAGAUGAAUGCCGUGAUAAUAAUGGCGGAUGUCAGCAGAUCUGCGUUAAUGCCAUGGGCAGCUAUGAAUGUCAAUGUAAAGACGGCUUCUUCCUCAGUGAUAACCAGCACACAUGUAUCCAUCGCUCAAACGAAGGAAUGAACUGUAUGAACAAAGAUCAUGGAUGUGCCCAUAUCUGCCGGGAGUCUGCCAAAGCUGCGGUAGCCUGCGAGUGUAGACCGGGUUUUGAUCUUGCCAAAAACCAGAGGGAUUGCACAUUAACCUGUAAUUAUGGAAAUGGUGGCUGUCAGCACGCGUGUGACGACACGGACACGGGCCCUGUGUGUGGGUGCCACCAGAAAUACGCCUUGCACUCAGAUGGUAGAACCUGCAUUGAAAAGGAUGAGGCUGCAAUUGAGAGUUCUGAGUACAAUGCCACGUCAGUAACUGAUGUGGACAAGCGGGUGAAACGGCGCCUUCUUAUGGAAACCUGUGCUGUGAAUAAUGGUGGCUGCGACCGUACAUGCAAAGACACAGCAACAGGUGUGCGAUGCAGUUGCCCGGUGGGAUUCACACUUCAGCCUGAUGGGAAGACAUGUAAAGAUAUUGAUGAAUGUUUGGUAAAUAACGGAGGUUGUGACCAUUUCUGCCGCAAUACGGUCGGAAGCUUUGAGUGCAGCUGUCAGAAAGGGUACAAGUUGCUGACCGACGAACGCACCUGUCAAGAUAUCGAUGAAUGCUCAUUUGAAAGAACCUGUGAUCACAUCUGCAUCAAUUACCCCGGAAGUUUUGAAUGUCUUUGCCGCAAGGGAUACACGCUGUACGGGAUGACGCACUGUGGAGAUAUUGAUGAAUGCAGUAUUAAUAACGGUAGCUGUGAGUCUGGAUGCAUAAAUACUUUGGGAAACUAUGAAUGUGUCUGUCCACCUGGGAAAAGGCUGCACUGGAACAAGAAGGACUGUACUGACUCCUCCAAAUGCCUUCCUAGUUCCAAGCCUUCCUCCAGAUCCCAGCUGAUCUGCAGUAAAUCAGGGAAGAUCAAUAGAUGCCUCUUAUCAUGUUCAGCAAAUACCUUGCUUGUCCCAGGUGCAGAUAGCAGCUACAUGAUCAGCUGCGGCUUUCCUGUCCAACAAAGCAGGCCCAUUCAGAGACGCAAUACUACACAUCCAUCAUGCUCUGACCCAGUAGGACCUCCAAUAACGCAGAAAAUUAAUUUUAAACUAAAGGACUCCAAGUGUAAUCUACGCCCACGAAAUAAAGAAAAAAUUAAAGAGGCAACACGACUCUCUGUGACUGGCGGCCCCUACCAUUGUGGAGACAAUUGCCAUAUCACAUUUGUGAACCUGAAGUGUGACUCUUCUAAAAAGAAAAAACGAGGACGGAAAUCACCUUCGAAGGAAACGCACAACUUCUAUGUUGAGUUUGAGUUGGAAUUGAAGAGGGAGGAUGUUUCUGACACCUGUAAUACAGAUUGCGUGCGGAAGAAGAUGGAGCAGAAGCUGCAGGCCACCAUGAAGACCUUAAAGAAGUCUAUCAACAAACAGCAGUUUUUUAUCCAGUUUUCUGGGACAGAGUAUGAAGCUGUCCAGAAGUCAGCUCGGGUCUUGGAGAGCACUGAUGCUUGCACUGCUGGCCACAUCCUGCAGGACGGAAAAUGCGUCACAUGUCCGACCGGCACCUAUUUCAGCGGAGAAUACAAUCAGUGCGUCCCUUGCUCACCUGGUACUUACCAGGACAAAAAUGGACAGCUAAUGUGUGAGCCUUGCCCUAGCAAUGAAGGCUUGGGCAGUGUGGGAGCACAAAAUGUAUCCGAGUGUGGAGGUAAGUGUCCUCCUGGCCACUUCUCUUCGGAUGGAUUCAAACCAUGCAGGUCUUGCUCGCUGGGCACCUACCAACCUGAACCUGGACGGACUCUUUGCUUCCCUUGUGGAGGGGGACUUGUGACAAAAUAUGAAGGUGCUAUCUCCUUCCAGGACUGUGAGACAAAAGUUCACUGCUCCCCAGGACAUUACUACAAUUCCAGCACUCACAGAUGCAUCCGAUGUCCUACUGGAACAUACCAGCCUGAGUUUGGACAGAAUUACUGUGUAACAUGUCCAGGAAACACCAGUACAGACUUUGAUGGCUCCACUAACGUUACACAUUGCAAGAAUCAGCAUUGCGGAGGGGAAUUAGGAGACUACACAGGAUACAUUGAAUCUCCCAACUACCCAGGAGAUUACCCAGCACAUGUGGACUGUGUCUGGAACAUUAAUGCCCCCACAAAGCGAAGGAUACUCAUUGUGGUGCCAGAAAUAUUCCUCCCCAUUGAAGAUGAGUGCGGAGACGUGUUAGUGAUGCGCAAAAGCGCCUCCCCAACAUCUAUCACCACGUACGAAACAUGUCAGACUUAUGAACGACCAAUAGCAUUCACAGCCAGAUCGCGCAAACUCUGGAUCCAGUUUAAGUCAAACGAGGGGAAUAGUGGUAAAGGAUUUCAGGUGCCUUACGUUACAUACGAUGAGGAUUAUCAGCAAUUAAUUGAAGACAUUGUUCGUGACGGGAGACUUUACGCAUCAGAAAACCACCAAGAGAUAUUAAAAGAUAAAAAGCUGAUAAAAGCUCUUUUUGACGUGUUGGCACAUCCUCAGAACUAUUUCAAGUACACGGCGCAGGAAUCAAAAGAAAUGUUUCCAAGAUCUUUCAUUAAACUUCUUCGAUCUAAAGUAUCCAGAUUUCUACGGCCUUACAAUUAGUUUGAUUUUUCUUCAUGGUUCAUUUGUUUUUCCUGUCUUUCUUUCUCAGUUUUCCCUGUUAUUUUAUAUCGGCACGUGGUACAAGCCAAACCCCUAUUAAAGACUCAUUUUUAAGUC